CAACCAUUCCCUGACCAUUGCUAACGAAACGCGAACAAAAGACAGUUCGCCGGAUCUCAGCUCAGCUCUUGGAGAGAUGACAAUCUCUCAACGUUGUACCUCCUCGGGGCCUCGAAAGUGUUCCCAGGCCGCAGUAUCGACGGCAUGUUCUAUCAAUGAAAUCGUCAGACUGAAUUGCCGAGAACAAUUGAUCCUUGAACCUCUCCGGUGGACCGGUCGUCAUGUUGAGCUACUACAAUGCAGAUUUGAAAAGCCGUCACUGGCACCAUCGGUGAUGGAUUCUACUAAUAAAGGCCCUGGUGACCGAUUCGUGCGAGCCCUUGUUGAUGCUGAAGAGUAUAUUUGGCGGGAGUUUAGAACUCGACAGAUCCUUUCGUCUCCCGGAUGCCCAUUUACGGCGCUGAACAACCUUCCCUUCUACUUCGAUCGACGCCAUAUCAGCGAUCUUCCCUGUGUUGUCUUCUUUCCCAAAGGCGACCAUGACCGCAUGGCUAGGGGGCUUGUACCCGCUGUCGCUGCAUAUGUCGACCGUGCCCGCAUCGAUCACCUGCGCCUCGCUGAACUAUACAGAUACCAGGGUAGAAGACAGAGCGAACAUGGCAGCACCCUUUUCAGACUCAAGUCAAAGGAGAUCACCUCUCCCGAACACCUGCACGACCCAUACAUUUUAGCGUUGUUAAUAGCCAUGGCUCAGCUACAACGGGGUGCUCUGCGGCGACGAAACCCUGAGAAGCAGCUUGAUAUGUGCUCUACUUUUGCGUGCCGCGUAUUAUUGACUGAUCUCAAUGAUAAGGCAUGCACCCACCUCUUUACAGCUGAUAUCUCCUCCUCGUUUCUCCAGAAACUUGACCUCCCUGCGAGCCGUCCUUCCGCAUCAGCAUCACCCUUUGUCUCAAUCCAGCAUACAAAGAUACCAUAUAAACCGUACAACACUUUCUGCGACCGUAUUUCCUCGCUUCUGCUACGUGGAUAUCCGAAACGCGAGUCACGAGAGUGAAGAAAUCCGACCGAGGUGCAAAUAGCCGGCCGAAGUAGGCAAAGCGAAACUAUUCUCCUAUAUCCAUAUAGUCCUCUACAUCUCCGGCGUCCUCUGAAUCUUCUGAGUCCUCCAAGUUGAUCGUAGCGCUGAAUGCUGCAUCCGCCCAUGCUACCAAGGCGACUAGGUGACGCACAAAGUACUUGCGGCCGGCUACCUCACGCAUAUCAAACCAAGCCGUCGAGUCCACCAUUAGAUAGGUAGAGUGGUCAGAAUUUGCGUCGGUUGGAUGGAGUGUCUUGAAACAGCGAAUGAAGUCAUUCGUGAUGUUAAAGUGGAAAAGUUUGAUGUAGUACUUGACUGCCACGAUGGAUACGAUACUGGAAGUGACAUCAGCUCGGAAUGGGCAUAUGGGGGUGUGGGGGAAGGGGGGCGACAGGAAGACAAUGACUGAAUGACCUACUUCUCUGCAGAUACACGCAUGGUCUUGGAGUCUUAACGCAAGUGCCUCACCGACUAUUUGUGCCAAUAACUCAUCGGACACAGUUGGACGACUGUCAGCUAUCGCUUGGAAACUGCGUUUAGCUUCCAAUAUUGCCACUUGCAGAUUCUCUCCCAGAUGCUGAAGCUGCACACCGCCAUCAUCGAUAGCUUCAAACGGAUGUCCCAUACCAGCUUCCUCGCAUGUGAAAGAAAGUCGUCGGUCGCGAUAAUGUAUGAUGGGCAAUUCUUUGUUAACCAGCUGAACGUAGUUGAGCACACAUCGGAUAAGGCAGCUCAUGAACCUGACAGUGAAGUCCUCCACAAGUGGUGCUGAUGAUCUUUCCA